UCUAAAUUUGUGUGUGGUUGUUGAAGUGUACCUAACAGAAUCAACGGUCAAGAUUAUCCUUAAACCAUAUCCACUUCUUAAAAUAAUACAUAGAAGAAGUUAAAGGGCUUUAUAUAUAGGGAGGUUGUAACAAAGAAAAAGGUGUGACAAGAAAAAGAGUUGUAAUAGUAUCAAGUAAAGAGGAGUGAUUUAAGUGUUACAAAAUUAAAAUGGCUUCCUCCGUCAUCUCCUCCACCACUGUCGCCGCCGUUAACCGAACUCCGGCUCAAGCUAGCAUGGUGGCUCCUUUCAAUGGCUUGAAGUCAACCGUUGCCUUCCCUGUCACCAAGAAGAACGAUGACAUUACCUCUGUUGCUAGCAACGGUGGUAGAGUCCAAUGCAUGCAGGUUUGGCCACCAGUUGGCAAGAAGAAGUUCGAGACCCUAUCUUACCUUCCACCUUUGACCACUGAGUCUUUGCUUAGUGAAGUCCAAUACCUUCUUAACAAGGGAUGGGUUCCUUGCUUAGAAUUCGAGACUGAGCACGGAUUUGUAUACCGUGAGAACCACAGGUCCCCAGGAUACUAUGAUGGCCGUUACUGGACCAUGUGGAAGUUGCCCAUGUUCGGUUGCACUGACCCUACUCAAGUGGUCAACGAGCUCGAGGAAGCCAAGAAGGCUUACCCCAACGCCUUCAUCCGUAUCAUUGGAUUCGACAGCUUCCGUCAAGUGCAAUGCAUCAGUUUCAUUGCCUACAAGCCCGAAGGAUACUAAUUAUUAUGUGCUCCGUAUAUUUGAGAUUUUUUUGCAAUUUUUGUUCUGAUUUCUUGAAUUCCAUAAUGUACUUGGAGAGAAAUUCUCUCUUCAAUGUCUAAAGAAAAAUAUAUUUACUAAAGCUGCUUCUCAUGUCA